AUGUCGAAUUUGAUCAAUCGCGUGGGCAGCUCUUCACAAGCGCAAUUUACAGCUACUGCGCUUGUGUCUGGUGCGGUGGUAGCAGGUGCAAUUUUCAGUUAUCAGGCUUUGAGGAGGCAAGAAAAAGUGGAAGAUUUGAAGAGCUCAAUACCUAGUUUGGGACGAGAUCAUCAUGCUGAUUUGCUUACGGAUAUGGGGAUCGCGCCUAAGGGUAUGGGCAUAAGUAAAGAAGAUGAGAGAGGUGCUGCAUUGGCGGAGAGAGCGAGAAGAGGGGAUUACGAUGAUGAACAAUUAGCCCGGAAUCGAGUAUUUUUGAAAGAUGAUGGACUACAAAAGUUGCGCUCGGCAUUUGUCGUUGUGGUUGGUUGUGGAGGCGUUGGAUCGCAUUGCACGGCAGCUCUUGCGCGUUCAGGAGUUUCGCAUAUACGUCUCAUUGAUUUCGACCAAGUUACCCUCUCGUCCCUCAAUCGACAUGCUGUCGCAACACUCGCAGAUGUUGGCACACCGAAAGUAGGAUGUUUGAAGAAUCGUCUACAACAAAUCGCGCCAUGGGUAAAUUUCGAUUUGAGAAAUGAACUUUUCCAUGCCAAAGCAGCGGACUCUUUACUUGCAGAAUGGAACGGUAGAAAGCCGGAUUAUAUUGUGGAUGCUAUUGAUAAUAUAGAUAGUAAGGUGGAAUUGCUGGAAUAUUGUUACAGAAACAACCUACCAGUGAUUUCAUCCAUGGGCGCAGGAUGCAAAUCCGACCCUACCAGAGUCUUUGUUGGAGAUAUCUCUGCUAGCACAGAUGAUCCCCUCUCCCGUUCCACUCGAAGAAGACUUCGUCUAUUAGGUAUUACAUCCGGUAUCAACGUGGUAUAUUCAACAGAAAAGCCCGGACCAGGAAAAGCGCAACUUUUGCCCUUACCUGAGGAGGAAUUCAAGAAAGGUUCAGUUGGCGACUUGGGUGUGUUGCCCGAUUUCCGCGUUCGAAUUUUGCCUGUUUUAGGCACUAUGCCCGCUGUCUUCGGAUAUGUAGUUGCCAAUCAUUUGAUCCUUCAAAUCACAGGUUAUCCAUGCGAAUACGUACCCGCGAAAGGUCGAGAAAAGAUGUAUGAUGGAAUACUGGCUCAAUUGCAAGGCUUUGAAGAAAAACUCGCUCGGGCAACUACCGCAAAUGAAGAUGCACAAGGAUUGAAAGUCCCAUUAACAUCGGCGGAUGUGGGAUACAUAGUUGAGGAAGUGUAUAAGGGAAAGUCAGCACUGAGUGGGAUAUCAACCAGAUUAGCGUUGACGAGAUGGAGGAAACCUGAGGAGGGAAGUACACUGGAUGCAAGUGUCGAGGGUCAGAAGACGAGUACAGUUAGAGCCAGAGAUUUGGUGUGUAUGACGAGGGAAGAGGCAACAAAACACGAGAAGCUGGUUUUUAAGGAAGGCAAGAAAUUGGAGGAAGUUUAUGAUAGUGAGACGAUAGAGAAGGUCGAGGCGCGGAUUAGGGAGGAAAUUGGGUAUGAGAAGUAUAGAUGA